AAGUCUUGUUGAUUGUGCAGGAAUUCCUAAUUGUUAUCAUACGAUCCGCUCUUUAUGCGUCCUUUUCUUUAUAAGAUAAAUCUCAGGUACUUUGAACACGGUGAAGAAUCGCAGAGAUGCUACCUCCAAACUGAUUAUCCCGCCGCUUUACACCUCGGAAACUUCUAAUUUCCGUCGCUAAGUUGAUUUCGCCGGCAUCCUUUGGCUGCGGCCUAUUCAGUUCACCUCCGUUGAAAUUUUUUAUAUAUGAUCAAAGGUAUGAGCUUAAAUAUAUCUUCGCUGGAUACAUUCUUCCAUAGAAUCUAUGACUCGUGAAUGUUGUUCGGAACCAUUAGCCGAUCGUCCAAUUAUUCGCCGCCAAGAGACAAUCGAUAUGUCCACCAUGCCGGCAAAGGCUUCGGAUGUAAGGAGGAAACACCCUUGUGUGCUUUGCCAGCAGCGAAAAGUAAAGUGUGAUAGGAACGAGCCAUGUGCAAAUUGUGUGAAAUCAAGAGCAGAGUGCAUUUCACCAUCCACACUACCACCGAAGAAAAGGAAGAAGAGAUUUCCGGAAGCGGAGCUACUUGCUCGAUUGAGAAGGUACGAGGAUCACCUGAGGGCUUAUGGUGCCGAUAUCGACGCUAUCAACUCUGGGGGAAUUGUGCCGCUCCCAAUUCCUACUUCUAAACCACUCGACCAUGGUACAGAGGCAAAUGAUCCCCGUGCGGUGGAUCAGCAUAUAAAAUCAUUGGCUAUCAGGCGGUCACUGAAGCAUACAACUCAUACCCCUUGGACCGGUGUGGAUGAAGAAUUCCGAGAUGCGGAAGACAUCCUUCAAGGAUCUUCGGGGGAUGAAAUGUAUAAAAAACCCAUCACAAGAACCUAUGAUGCUAUUCAUUCCGACGGUGGUGACCUUCUUUUCUCCACUCCCGCCGCCGACAGAAUAAUCGACCUCCACCCCUCAACCGUUCAGAUCUUCCGACUCUGGCAAAAGUUCCUUGACAACGUCAACCCCGUCCUCAAGCUUUUUCAUGCUCCAACAGUCCAGCUUCAAAUUUUAGAAGCUAGCGCGAAUCUAGAGAAUGUGUCCAAAGAAAUGGAGACGUUGAUGUUUGGUAUUUAUGUUACAGCCAUCUGUUCGCUUAGCGAUUCCGAGUGUAGGAGUAUAUUUAGUGAGGAGAAGGAGGUUUUGCGUUUGAGGUAUUCAGGAGGUGCAAGGCAGGCUUUGCAUAAUGCUGGAUUACUGAGGACGUCAAAUCUUACCAUUCUACAAGGAUUUGUGCUGUACCUGGUAUCCUGCCUUAAUUUCCAUGUUGAUCCACGAUCCCUAUUCUGCUUGACAGGUAUUGCAGUACGCAUCGCUCAGAGAAUGGGGCUUUGCUACGAUGCCGCUAGCUACGGUCUUCAACCCUUUGAAAUCGAGAUGCGUCGACGUCUCUGGUGGCAAAUCAUGAUCCUCGACUUCCGCGUCGCUGAGCUCUCAGGAGCCGGCUGCUCGAUCCUCACCCACGUGUGGACGACCAAAUUCCCGUUGAACGUAAACGACAGUGAUUUAUACCCAGACAUGCGUGAACCUCCCGCAGAACAUAAUGGUGUCACAGAAAUGGUAUACGUUCUUCAAGUCUGCGAAAUUACCUCGUAUUUCAAUAAGAUGCGGAGCUCACAUGCGCCGCUGCAUGUCAAGGAUAAAGAAAUUGAUGAGCUGGCUGUGCAUCUUGAGAAGACUUACCUGCAGUACUGCGACCCUUCCAUCCCACUACACGUCCUCACCAUUCUGAUGGCUCGGACGCGCAUCGCAAAACUACACAUGGGCCCCCGCCACUCACAUAUGAUUCAAUCGAAAAGCAUGGGUAACGCUGAAAAAGAAGGAUUGUUCAGCCUGAAUCUACAAAUGCUGCAAAAUCACAACACACUAAUGGGAUCGAACGCCAUGAAAAACUUCUUCUGGCAUAUCGUCAUCAAUUUCCCAUUCCCAGCCCAUGUGUUCCUUCUCACGGCGUUGAAGACAAGAGUCCAGGAUGAGAUGAGCGAUAAGGCAUGGGAGGCCUUUUCGGAAUUCUUUCGCUUGAGAAUGAUGCUAUGGGACAGAAGCGAGACGGUGAGACCGAAGGAGAGUGCACUGCAUGCCGCGUUUGCGAACCUAACUGUCAAAGCUUGGGAUGUGAGGGAGAAGGCGAUACCUGGCAUUGAAGUCCCACCUAUGGUUGCUACGAUGAGAGAGGAAGUCAAGGCGAAGAAAUCGCCCAAAGACACCAUGACUGAAACGCCGCCCGUGGUUGCUAGUGGUGGGAAUAAUGGUGAUAUGUUCACGGAUUCAUUCUCGUGGAUGGAUCAGCCGAAUGUGGGGAUGGGACCAGUCACGGAUCUGGGGUCGGGUGUUAUGCAUGGUAUUAUGAUGGGACAGGAUAAUUCGUCGGUGGGUAUGGGAAUGGGAUGGGACUUUUGGAAUGAUUUGAUGCCGGUUUAUGGCGGUGGCAAUGUAAAUGGUCAGGAAUAUGGGACAGGACAGAACAUGUAUAGUACGUGAUGGACUUUUUGAUUCUGAAUAUGUAUUAAUAGGUAGCGGUAACCCUUCUCACCUAAGGUAGGAGUAUACUUGGAGUGUACAAAAUAGACAGUCAUCCAUAACCAACCCACGUCACUGUCCCAUCCCAAUCCAGCCUCACAUUCAGCCUCUCCUCAACCCAAUUUUUAAUCGAAACUGAAUCUGGGAAAAGGAAUCGAGUGUUCUCGGGAAAGUCAAAGUUUGGUGUCUUGCGAACCUAUUAGUCUCUCCUUUGAGAUCGUUGCUAUCAUGUAUCACAACAAGAUGGUAUCCAGACUUACCGAAGGGUUCGGCACUUGGAAGUGGUACGAUGGACCGAGAAAGAUCUUGUGGCCGCGCAACUUAUUCUCCCACUCAUCAACGGAAGGAGCUCCUUCGGGUUGGAUCCGUCGCGUGCCGGGCUCAUGGGAUGGCUCGGUGGGGUUGGUGGCUGAGAUUAGCAAAGCAGCUCUCAAGACGAGGACUGCAGUGACGAGGAUCAUGGCGCCCACGAUCGCAGAUUCCUGAACGAUCCAGACAACGAUUGUCAACGACCUGAUGCUUCAAUGCGACCCUGCUUUGCUGUGGUUCUUUGGAGAGCUUAAACAGGAUGCUGGAAUUUUGUUUGGGGAAUCACAGUGGUGAUUACACGGGUCCGGUAAGUUUGAAUCUUGGUGAGCGGAACUAAGAAUAUCUCAUCCGGUGAUAAGGAGACGUUGAAGCUGGAGUUCCAGCUUAGGUCUAUCAUCUGUUAUCUUCUUAACAUUACAGUAAACCAUUUAGAGGUGCAAUGGAAUGCAUGAUGGCGGCACCAUGGAAGCGAACCAAUCAACACCAGGUCCAUCUUUGCUACAGUACUGUACUUCGGUUGGUCAUUUUUGGUUAUGAAAGCUCCUAAUCUACACAUACAUCCACGCUGCCAGACAACAAUAUAUCCUCACAACUCCACCUCGAGGUACAUUUCAUCAAGAGCAGAACAUCCUUUCCAGUAUAGCAACACAAUCAGCUACUCCAUCCCUGUACGCCUAUCCCACACUCAUGCCACGAGCUGACUUCAACCUCAACUUGACAACCCCCGCACACCAACAGCCAACAAUCCAAUCCUACAAGAAUAAAACAAACAAUAUACUCAAGGCCAACGAUAGCUGAAGCCUCUCAUGGCUCGCUCAUAAAUCUCCCUCAUUCUUUCGAUAACGGACUGGACCUGCUCAUCAGCAUCAAAUAGAUCCCUCACUUCUUUUCGCUUCAUCUUGUCAGAGUUGUCAUUCAGUCCGGCGUCUGUCAUCAUGCUCUUGAACUUCAUAUAGCACAGACUGGCAAGGUGUUUGUAUUCAUCAGAGUCCUCGAAGACGUUCUCGAAGCCUGCACGGAUUCGGCAGCGAUCGCGCAGAGUGGUUCUCAUGGACUCGAUCUCAGCCAGCUGUUGCGAUUUAACAGUCGCAUGGAAAUCCGAACAGAGCCUCUUGUGGUAAGUCUGAUUAAACAUCCUGCGAUCCUCGUCGCUGCUCAGAACUCCGAGGAAGAACAGUGCUGCAUCUGCGGCGAAGUUGGGGCGUCUGAUCAUUCUUUGCGCGCUUUUAAUGACUGCUCUGUUUUUCGUCCCGCGAUCAUCAUACCACCUGCCAUCAAAACCCAUGCGACCCUUAGCAUACUCCCACCGGAUCCGUCUAGCGUGGAUACCAGCCUGGACAAGCGGCUCUCGUGUCUCUAGCUGAUCUUUGAGUUUGGAGAUCUCUUCCAGUUGAGUGUCGUUUCUUGCCGCUAAAAGUCGAGAGUUAAUUUGAGCUGAAGUGAGCUCCUGGAUCUUGGAGCGGCAAGACUCAUGAUCCGAUCUUACUGUCUCCAGUUCGUCCUUGAGGCUAUGCAGUGUAGAUUCAGCCAACUCGAGCCUAGCUUGAGAGCAGUUGUGGGCAGACUGCUCUUUGUUCAACAAGAUCUUGAGGUUGUCGUUUUCAGAAAGAAGACGUCUAUUCUGCUCUUUGAUAUCGUGCUUGGAAUCCGCAAAAAUCUCCUCUUCCUUCUCCGAAUCAUUACAAACUUUGUGGAAAAUUUCGUCGAGCUUCCGCGCAUCUCGAUCCUCUUUCUUCUCCUGUUCGAGGCGCAGUAUCUGAUUCUGAGCGAAAUCCGCAAGUUUCUUGACCUCAUUCAGUUGAGCCUCAAAGACACCAUUCUGCCGGACAGCAAUAUCCAUCUUCCUCGAAAGUUCUGUCACCUGCUGUUCAGUCGCAUUUCCAGAGUCUGUAGCCACUUGUUGUCCAGAUGACUGAAUUGUAGUUACCUGGGAUCUCAAGAAAGAAUUCUCGUCGAAGAGAUGAGAUAUCACAGCAAUUUCGGUCUCCCGGGCUUCCUGCAAUGCCAGAAUCUUUGUGUGAAGAAGUGCUGUUUCUGGGGCAUUGAUUUGAUAUUGAGGCGCAUUUUUGAGUCCCUGAAUUUCGUCCAGCAAUACCUGCAUCUCCGCCGACUUGGCCUUUUGGAUGUAGCCUUGCUUUAGGAUAACGACUUCUUGCUUAGAAGAUUCAUAUUCUUGGAGAACUUGUUCAAGGCGACAUUUGGUAUCUUGAUUCUCUCUGGAUAUGAUUGCAUGCUUUUCCUCGAGUUGAGAUAGUUGUACUGAUGUCACUGAACUGACCCCCUCUGCUUUUGCCAACUGUUGUUCAAGUGCCUUCAGCUUCUCUAGAUAGAAGUCAUUGUUCUUCACUAGUUGAGAAGAAUUUUGUAGCAGACUAUCUCGGACUUUAUCUGAUGUCUCAAGCUCGAUCGUAAUAGCCGAGAGUUUGUUUGAUAGUGCCUCACGUUCUUUGUAUGCUGCGGCACUAGCUGCUUUCGCAUCACUCUGUAGGGUCUCGAUUUUAUGCGUCAGUGAAGAUUUCUCUUCGCUGAAGCGUGCCUGGAUAAUGUCAAUCAGGGCUUGGAGAUCAGCAAUCUUCUCUUCGGACUUCGUCGCGU